ACGUUGGCGUUCGCGUCGCGUGCCCUAUAUCCCGUGGGCCCAGCUCUCGCCGCCGACCCAAUCCGGAGCCAAAUUUGGAUCUUUGAUUUAAGCGCGUUCGACUAAACAAGUAAACAGAGAGGCAGAGAGCAACCACAUUCGGCCCGAUCGAUCCCAGCCUAGAUUCCCUAGCCUGGCCGGUGGGGAGCGAAUCCGGCAAAGCGACGGCGAGGGGAACAGGGGUGGGGGGCCAUGAAGCGCUGCUGCCUGCGGCUACAUAAGCCGCGCGCCUCCGUUUCGUUCUGUCGGGGACGAGGAGGAGGUGGAGGAGGAUGGCGCGGCAGCGGGGCCGCGUGGUGCUGCGGCGGAUCGAGGAUCGGAGGCGGCGGGGGAUCUGCUUCAGGAAGCGGCGGGCGGGGCUGGUUAAGAAGGCGGAGGAGCUCGCCGUGCUCUGCGACGCCGACGUCGGCCUCCUCGUCAUCAACCCCUUCGAUGGCACCUUCCAACGCUUCGCCGCGCCUGCGACCAGUGUAUGUGUAGCAGCAGCAGAACAGCAGAUGAAAUGAGCAUACCAACCUCGCUCCUGUAUGCUGGAGGGGAGUAUUUAUAGGAGCGGGCAGCAGCGGAGGCGUCUCACGCCCGUGCCCACGUCCUGGGAUCGUGUAUGAGAUCGUGGGACGUGGGGAGCGGCUGGCUCCUUUCCUUAGUAUAAUUUAUUCCUUAAUUGCUAGUUGACCAAUGCUUUGAACCGGCAAGCUUGUAAUUAGCUGAUGGGCUUUGAAUAUUUUAAUGUACGGUGGGCCUUGGUGCUACUAUUUCACAUGUAUGCACUAACAGGCUUGUGAGAACUACAUGCACGUAUAUGCGGCCAUAUUUUUUAAUGGGCUAAACUUGAUUAGCUACUAAUGACGCAUUAAGGCUUAUGGUGAGGGUGUGCAUGCUUAAUUAUUUUCCCGGUAAUUCGAAGUCCAAUGUAAAUAUAUGAUAUGAGAUGAGCAUGUUGGCCGAAUAUUUUCUAACCAAAUAUAUAUGGGUCGAUACCCCACUAGAAACACCAUUUAUUUAUUUUAUAUACCGCGUGUAUAUUUUGUCAGUGCGAUAUAUUUUUAUGCAUCGCAUCUUUUUUCAUCAACGAUGGAACAAGGACUCCAUUUAUCAUAUGCUCGAUAUGUCGGAAAUAUUAUGAUUUUAUGUUGGUAUUUGGCACCCGCCGUAGCUGGCGGCCUGCAUGGAUUGAAGUUAUGUGUGAUUUUAGUCGGGACAAAUUUUUCAUGGAGAUCUUUAUUCACUUUGCAAAUUUCUCAAAUAUCAGCUCUUUUAUUAAUUUCAUUUUGUGUGCCUGCUAUUUUAUAUUGAGCGGUGAAAAUU